AUGAACGGCUUCAGUACGGAGGAGGACAGCAGGGAUGGGCCGCCGGCCCCGGCCGCUCCGUUCUUCGGACAGACGUGUUGUCUGAUAGACGGGGGAGAGCGCUGUGCCCGGCCGGCGGGGAACGCCUCAUUCAGCAAGAGAGUGCAGAAGAGCAUCAGUCAGAAGAGACUCAAACUGGACAUCGACAAGAGCGUUCGACAUCUUUACAUCUGUGAACUUCCACAAGAAUUUUAUUCAAAGUGUUCGGAAUAAGAGGAAGAGGAAAACCAGCGAUGAUGGAGGUGACUCUCCGGAACAUGAAACAGAUGUGCCAGAGGUUGAUCUUUUUCAGCUACAAGUGAACACACUGCGCAGAUAUAAGAGGCAUUACAAGCUACAGACACGCCCUGGGCUCAACAAAGCACAGCUGGCAGAGACUGUGAGCCGACAUUUCCGAAACAUUCCAGUGAAUGAGAAGGAAACACUGGCCUAUUUCAUCUACAUGGUAAAGAACAAUCGAAGUCGCCUGGACCAGAAGUCUGAAAGCAGCAAACAGCUGGAUGCAUAG